AUGUCCCUCAACAAGUCAUGGCGGCCCCUGCCGCUCCAGCCGUCUCCCGACCUGCCCGUCCUUCUGGUAUCGUUCCAUACAGAGACGUCGGCGUACACUAUUCAUAUCACUGAUAUGGCUAAUAUGUGGACCGAAUCACUUGAUCGCAAGCAAAUUUUCAUGAGAGGGUGGAGUGAAAACACCAGUAUCGACCCCAGUGAUACUCCAGAUAACACGGUCAAAUUCUUGGCAAGUAUAAGUACUGCUUUGGACACUUCCCAGCCAGGUCACUACGAAACGAGUCUUUGCUUAGACCAUGAUAAUAGGUCUGAAGCAGGCGAGGACGAUCUUGUUCUGAGAAUCACCUGCGAAAUCCCUGGACUGCAGCCACUCCAAUGGCCCAUGUACUUGAAGAAAUUACCCGCAAUCAACAUAGCCACGAACCUUGUGCUCCCACUAAUACAAACACACCAUGCAAAAGACCUGGAAAUUGCAUCUCUAAUCCAGAGCCUGGGACAAAAAGAUGCAGCCCUCACCAGACUCCUAGAUAAACUAGAAGCUAUGGGAACAGGCAUGGAACAUAUCUUCCAUACUUUGUCCGGGAAGAAAAAGGUUUCCAGGGCCGCAGCGGCCGAGAAGGUGCCUGGCCUUGCGCCUUUCGAUCGUCGGCGCUGGAAGGCGGAUCUUCAGUAUAAACAAGACAGUCCCGAUAACCCGCAAUCAUUAGUAGAGAGUGUUUUCGAAAAUGGGGGACUCGAAUUCGAGCCCAUGUCAAACAGCACCGAGUCACCUCAACUAGAUCAAUGGUGGCGGAAUUUUGAAGGCGUUUCGUCUGUUGCACACCAACAGCAGCACAAGGCGGCUGUCGCGGACAGCUCCUUGAUUCCAAAGGACACGGAGAUAAUUCCUGUCGAGGAUGGAGAUGACGACUUUCAGGUUCAAUCUACACCCCCGCACCUUGCGUCCAAACGGAAAUCGAUCGACGCAAAGGAGACACUGGCCACUGAUGAUGCCUCUACAGAAGGCGAAUCGGCGGGUAGUGUAUCACCAGUCCGAAACGCACAAAAGGUGGACAAGCCAACCCGUCGUCUGGGUGCACUUGGUAAAAAGAAGCAGUCAACACCACCUCCUUCCCCUGGCCCGGUACUAUCUCAGAGAAGGUCAGAUUCAAAGAGUCAGCAGCAAGACGAUUCGGAGACGGCAUCCGAAGCAGAAGAGGACGAUGUAGUAGUUUCACCUCCAGCCAAGGACCCAACCCCAUCGUCUGUUUCUCCUGCCCGGCCACUGGCAAAGAAGAGUGGCCUUGGACGCAUUGGAGGGGCUAAAUCAAAGCUCCCGGCUGAGAAAAGCUCUGCACCUGAUGAACCUGAGGUGAUUGAAAUCAGCGAGCCCAGCACAGCUGCAGUUUCGUAUCGCCCGCCCCGGAAGUUGGGUGUCAUUGGGAGACAAACGGCCAAGGUGGAUGAGUCAACACCAAAUUCUGAUGAAAGGGGUCAACGGGGUCGGUCUGCUGUAAAGGAAGCUACACCAGAGCCGAAAGUAAGAGAAACUUCGCAGGAACGGGCUGACAGACGGCGCGAGGAACUCAAAAAGGACCUCGAGAAGAAGGUGGCAGCUGGUCCCGCGAAGAAGAAACGAAGGUUUUAG